GAAAAUGUUAUUUAUAUAUUAUUUCUUACAACAAAAUCCAGGACAAAAAAAAUGUAUGUAGAAGUUACAGAUUUCUUCAUUAUUGAGUUUCCUCACAGACGUCCGAUGACGCUAAACGCCGCAAAGAAAAAUUAUUGAAUGUGGCGUUCGUUAAAAUUCGGGCACCCUAUCUUCAAUAUGAUUGGUUACGAAGAAAGCCGAUUAGGUCAAUGUCUGAGUUUCCAAAAAUUACUGGGAAGGUGAAGCCUUGAUCCAAGUUGGAAAAAUGGUUUAAUGAGAAAAUUAAUAAAGUAAAAAUGAAGUGUUUGUGGCCCGUGUUAGCGUAGAACUGUUAGCGACUCGGUAACAAUUUGGUGAUAUUGGUAAAGACUAUCUGAAGGCGGAAAAUCCUCGUCGAAGUAAGGGCGAAGGAAAUGUGAUUAGUGUGGGGAUCGCAAGAACUUAAAGUGUAAAGAAGAAUGAGCGGGCGCCCGAGAACUACGUCCUUUGCCGAGGGUAACAAGCAGCCGUUGAAUCCUCCUUUGGGGGGCAUGAAAAUUAGCAGUGGUUACACAGGUAAAGACGGGAGCAAGGUGACCACGGUAGUGGCGACGCCCGGUCAAGGGCCCGACCGACCUCAAGAAGUUUCCUACACCGACACGAAAGUGAUCGGAAAUGGAAGUUUCGGAGUUGUUUACCAGGCCAAGCUGUGCGAGACGAACGAGCUGGUGGCGAUCAAGAAGGUGCUCCAGGAUAAAAGGUUUAAAAACCGAGAACUACAGAUUAUGCGGAAAUUAGAACAUUGUAAUAUAGUUAAACUUAAAUACUUUUUUUACUCCAGUGGAGAUAAGAAAGAUGAGGUGUACCUGAAUUUGGUUUUGGAAUACAUACCCGAAACGGUAUACAAAGUAGCGCGGCAUUAUAGCAAAUCCAAACAGACUAUACCCAUUAGCUUUAUUAAGUUAUAUAUGUACCAGUUGUUUCGAUCUCUAGCUUACAUCCACUCGUUGGGCAUUUGUCACAGGGAUAUCAAACCACAGAACUUGUUAUUGGAUCCCGAAACUGGCGUUUUAAAAUUGUGUGAUUUUGGCAGUGCAAAACACUUAGUUAAGGGAGAACCAAAUGUGUCGUAUAUUUGUAGUCGAUACUAUCGCGCUCCAGAAUUAAUUUUUGGUGCAAUAGAUUACACUACAAGAAUUGACGUUUGGAGUGCCGGGUGUGUUCUGGCAGAAUUAUUAUUAGGUCAGCCCAUCUUUCCUGGUGACUCUGGAGUAGAUCAGUUGGUAGAGAUUAUUAAAGUGUUGGGAACUCCAACCAAGGAACAAAUCAAAGAAAUGAAUCCUAACUAUACCGAAUUUAAGUUUCCGCAGAUUAAAUCCCACCCUUGGCAGCAGGUAUUUCGUGCUCGCACUCCUCCAGAAGCGGUCGAACUAGUGGCUAGACUUUUAGAAUAUACUCCCUCGGCAAGGAUCAGUCCCCUGCAGGCUUGCGCUCAUCCUUUCUUCAACGAGCUUCGCGAGCCCGGAACUCGUCUGCCCAACGGCAACGAACUACCGCCCCUGUUUAAUUUUACGGAUCACGAAUUAAACAUCCAACCUUCCCUGAACAGCGUGCUGGUGCCGCGAGGCCUGCAAGGCGGCCAGUCCGCCACCGGCGAGAGCAGCGGCGCCCCAGACACCAGCGGCGCAGGCUCCGCCACCGACCACGGCUCCGCGGACGCCUCCAGCGCGCCGCUGCAGAACGCUUCGGGUUCGGCGGUCGCCUAGGCGCCACCACACCACCCGGCGACGUCACGAGACCCCUCUCCGGCACGUACGACGUCAACAGGGGUCCUCCGAGGUGCCGACGAGGCCGAGCGUCGCGGAUCGCAGGCCGAGCAGUUUCCAUUUGUUUAAUGCGCGCGUUGUACAGACUGGACUUGAUUGAAUCUUGACGGCCUCUAGCCUGGAGACGGACGGACGAACGAACGGCCCAGGGGCGUGCGGCGGUUCUCACAAGAUGCGCUUUCGAUCCUUGUAUUUGCCUUUAGAUAAUGUAUUAGAAUGUUUAUCUUACAUUAUUCUACUAGUACUGAAAAAAUAAAUGUUUUCUACCGUAUAUAAACGAAGUGGGAAAAAAUACGUAGAACGUAGCGAGGUUUUAUUAUCGUUUUCCGUUUCUCUGUAUAAUAAAAUCGUAGGACGAACUGUCGGCAAUGCAAGGAUAACGGCCCUAUACGGGAUGUUUAAGCUGCAUAGUUUUAAUUACUUAUUGAAAAUUACAGUAUCGGACAAAAUUACUCCAGUUUUUUACGUUGGGGUUGACUAAGUGAUGAUCUGACGACGUAAUUCUAAUAUCUCAUUAUUGAAUAACUAAUCGGAAUUUGUCAUAUACAGCAUGUCCAAUAACAAAAAAAAACAUUAGUAACAACUGACAUGACUGUAAAAAAGUGAGGUUAGGUAACAAAAUACAGAAAAGUAUGGUAAUUAAAAAUUGAGUUCAGAAUUCGAUUUUAAAUUUUUAUUUUAAAAAUGCUUUGAAAUUACCAGGUAGCUUUUACUUAACAGUAUAUUUUGUGUUCUAUAAUGGCGUCAUAUUAAUCUUUUAGAAGUUUUCAUUAAACUAAAUAAAAAAAUAUAUUUCUUAUCAAUGUUGCGCCACAGUUUUGACAGCUAGAGUUAUGCAAUUCUGAAAAAUCUAAUUUUUCAUUUUUUAAUAUAUCAUUACUUUUUUCAAUUAUUAUUUUUUUAAAAAAACGACGUCAGCGAUGCCUAUGAAAUGAAGAUCGCUGUCAUUCUAUAUGUAAAAUUAUAUGGGGAAUGUCAUGGAUCGAUUUCCAAGCCAACUAGACUCCGUUUUUUUUUUCUAUCAUACAGUAUUACUGACCUGCUUUUUUAUGGUUUUCUUUUUCUCUUCUUAAAAUACAGUUCUACAAUUGCUAAUCAGCUGCUUUUUAGUCAACUGAUAUAAACAACUACAGUAUUGAUGUCUAUAUAUUAAAUUUACAAUUAUGUGACACUUCAUUUGACAGUUUCAGUAGUAAUUACUAGCUGAUUUACCUUUAUAUGCAUUGUCUUAGUAUACCUCUUCUGAGAAUAUUCUUACUGGAACAAGACUAAAAAUCAAAAUAUCCUAUAUAAAACAUAUUUUGCUUUUAAACAUAAGAUUACUCAUUUAAAAUUAAAUUUUAUUAAAAUAUUGAAGUAUUUUUGUAUGACACAUAUGACAGAGGAGUGUCAACUAUAGUUGAAACUAGUAAAAAUCAAGACCUUAAUCAAUCACUGAAUUGCAGUAUUAAGCAAUAUAUAAAUUUGAAAUAAACGUAUUUUAGUGAAUUUAAUAACAAUUCAUUGUAGAGCAAAAUAAUAAUGUGACUUGCUGUAAUGAUGUCCAAUACUGUACACUAGUACUCAGAUCAAAAUCUGUUAGCAAGUUGUGGCAAUCUUUCAUUUUCUUUUUGCAGCUCGGACAUUCAGUAUACAAUUCCCAUGUAAAUAGCCUCACAAUUUUUUUCUCUACUAGGUCAUUAUUAAUUAAUUUGUAUAUUAGGUGUUGUAUGCGACAUAAUUUACAAAAUGGUGAAAUGUAACGUAGAUACUUUUAUUAUUGAAUUCUAACAUAAAGAUUUUAUUUGUAUGGUUUUCUUUGUUUCUUGUAAGUCCAUAACAACCGAUCAUUUUCUCAUAGAAAAUUUUAGAACGCCAAAGUUCAGUUUUUUUUCAAACUUGUGUUAUUUUGAUAACAUAGAAAAUUUAUCCUAUUUGAAGAACUUUUAAAAGAAAUCUAUCACAAUUAAAGUAAUUAAAUUUAGAACACGACAAAUUUGAAAUAAAAUUACUCACUUUGGCCUUUAGAAAUUGUUAGUUCUCUCGAUGUAGCAGAAGAUAUGGAUACUAAAUUUUAAAAAUAAGCAAUUAAUUUUGUGGGAAAAAUAUCCAUUUAAGAUGCCAUCAAUUAUCGCUGUUGUACGUUGCUAUUGAACAAAUUUUAAAUGGUUAUUCUUUUGGUGUUAUUAAGUUUAAGGUUUUUUUGUUUCUUACUAGACUUUACUUUUAGGCAGUUAUUUAUAAUUGGAAAAUAUAAGCUAGAUGUACAUUUUCGUUGACAAAUCGAGUUCAUACACUCUACUAAGGUUAAAUCGAUUAUUGAGUAUACAUAUACAGGGUGACACGGUGUUCAAAAAAGUAGAUUUCCCAUUUGACACUCUGAACUUUUUUAUAAACUACCUGGUCAGUAGUAGCGCAAAUUUGUAUAUUUUCAUAGAUAUACUGGGCGACAGAAAAAUAUUUUUUACCAGUGGCGUAGGCUAAAACCCGCGUUUAUAUUGGAGCCAGGGGCCCAGUGCCGAAAGUUGCGGGGAGACCAAAAUUUCUAGUUACACCACUGAUUUUUUCACUAAAGGAUAAUAGUUCAGAAUUAUGGAUUUGUGGCAUAUCAUGUUAUUACAAUAAGCCCUUCAAUUAGUUAAGAAAAAAAGGAAAAAUUAGUAUAUAAUCAGUAUAGGUCAAGAUAUGGAAUUUUUUAAUAAGAAUUUUGGUAAAUCAUUUGGUUACAAAAAAAAAUCAAUUAAAGAAAUUUUGAUACGCGCCAUACUUCUAUGAAUAUAUGCUUUUAUAAUUGUGCUACUUUUGCCUAUAUAAUUUGUAGAAAAUAUUGAAGUGAGAAUUUGAAAUCAGAAACGUAAUGUGGAGCUUAUUUGAAACACUGUAUAUGGUAGUUAUAGGGAUGGCAAAUAUAAAUAAAAAAUCUGAAUAUCAAUAAAAAAAAUAGACUUAAUGCCGUUGACCUGGUAAAAAAAUAAUUCUUUGACCAAGGAAAUAUUUCAGUGGGAAAAAAUGACGCCAGUUCGGAUUGAAAAUGACGAUCGAUGACUUUCGUAUAUAAUUUCAUAUGAAACAAUAGCGAUCCUCAUUUCCAGACCAGCUCCGACGCCGUUUUUUUUUCGAUCUUAUCGAAUUUUGUAUUUCUAAUCGCAAAGAAAAAUACAGAACGCUCUACAAUGACCAACUUCAUCAAAAAUUGUAGUACACUGGUUAUGGUUAAUAUCGUAUGAUCGAAAAAAAAACCGCGUUCUGUUGGCUGGGAAAUGACAAUCGCUGACAUUUCCCAUAUAAUUUUACAUAUAAAAUGACGGCGAUCUUCAUUUCAUAGCCAUCGCUGACGCCGUUUUUAUUCGAUCAUACGGUACUAAAAUUGAAUGAGCUACACAAAUGUUUUGAUGUUAUAGUAGUAAUCUAAAUUUAGGAUUUAGUCAGUAUAUAAGACAAAAUCAGAGAAAAACCACUUUUAAUUUCAACCUAAUAUCGAUAUAUUGUUGCCAUUCCUUAUUGUAUAAUAGUAUUUUCCCUAAAUAAGUAUUUAGAAGACAAAUAUAUGUGCAAUAAACUUUAUAUAUUGUAACUAAACAUUAAAUGUUUUCGUAGUAUCAAUUAGAUAGAAAAAUGCAGUAAGUAUAGGGUUUCCAAUUUUCGGGAUCCCGAAAGAAAGAAAUUUAAUCUAAAGAAAUCAUAAUAAAAAUGCAGCUACAUAAAUCAAAAAGAAAAAGAAUUAUGAGAUAAGAGCUUUAUUAAAAUAGCAAACACGGAAAUGUAUGUUUUACAUAUUAACGUCUACUUAGUAUAGAUAAAAUAUGAAUUUUGAAAGACUAAAGUGUAUAAAGUCGAAUCAUUUUAGAAUAGGCAUUUAAAUGUUUGGAGAUUUUCAGGACCCCGGAUUUAAUAUCGGGAUUUCGGGAUUAAACAUACACCGGGAUCUCGGUUUGGAAACCCUAAGUAAGGCUAAGAACAUAGUGGAGCGACGAGGAUAGCGGCGAGCAAAGAGCGCGAUACCGCGUCGCGCAAGCCUCGCGCGAGCAAAGAGCGCGAUAGAGCGGCGAGGAAUAGCGAGAUACUUGCAACGUUAUUAUUUUCAUUUGCUUAUUGAUAAUUUUCUGGACAAUAUAGUGUUGCAAACAUUUAGUUUAUUCGAAACUAACAAGCCAGAAGGUGUAGUGUCUUUGAAAUUUCCAAAAACCGGAGAGAGAGUGGCAAAUUUCAUAACCUUUACGAAAAUUUGUUGCCACUUCAUCUCAUAACUUUUAUCUAAAAUGUAGUGGUUAUGGUGAUUACUAUCUUUUUGGUACCACAAAAUCUCUCUUACAAACACUAAAUCUAUCAAUAUUUAGGAAUCCAUCGUUUUCUACAGCGAGACAGAGCGACGAAAACAAAAUUAUUUGAAUCGAUCUCGCCGCUCGAUCUAACCGCUCGAGCAGAUCGCUUUACUAUGUUCGCACGUACUUCACAGGUUUAUUUUGACGCAAUGUCGCGCUGCUUGCUCGCCGCUAUCCUCGUCGCUCCACUAUGUUCUUAGCCUAAGUAAUAUUUAUUUGUGUCUAUCAGACUUUAGGAACAAUUUUCUUUAUUUAUACCUAUUAUUUCACUUAAUUUUGUAGAUAUAGACUCUCAUAUUCUCCUCAAAGAAAAUGUAUAUCUAGUUUCAAUUUAGCCUAUCUAAUAUAAUUGAAACGGAAAGAGAGAGAGAGAGAGAGGGAGAGACAGAGAUGAAGCAGUCAAUAACUGUGUAUAAACUAAAAUAAUAUAAUUUGGUGUGACCUGUAAGUUUUUAAAGUUAGUGAAUCGAAAGGAACUGAAUGGGGAUGAAUAAGAAGUCUAGAAAAUUGGUGUGAUCUAAAGAAUACUUUUCAUUCGGCAAUUUGGGUACUCUAAUUGUACAGCCCGGUUUCGCCUAAUGGAAAUAAAAUUAGAGACUACUCUUAGGUAUUAUAUGACUACCUAAUACUUUUAUAGCUUUUGCUUUAGAGAAUUAAAAAUCGAGUGACAAAUCUCUAUUUAGCUAUAGUAAAGUGCAAUGCAUUAAAAUGUGUUUAACAAGAAGAAAUUAUGAUACACACAGACACACCACAAUUACUGCGGGAUAUAUUGAGGCCUCUUUUUGCUAAAAAGAAACAAUAAUAUAGAUUUGAAUACCAGACAACCGCUCUAUAACCUGAGAAAAUAGGUCUUUAAAUACGAAAUUUUAGUAAAAAUUUGAAUUUUUGAUAAAGUUUUGUGGUUUUAUGGCAAAAGGUCCUAUAUCGAAAUCUUAUUGCGAUGUUAUUAUAACACGAAAAACGUGUUUUGGCCAAAAUUUCGAAUUCUAUAAAAAUCAUAUGGUUCCGUUUGGGCUAAAAAGUAAGGUCCGACCGAACCUGGAUUUUUAGUCUCGGCCGAGACCGAGA